UGGAAACAAAGAGGAAUAUGUUAAUAUUAUGGGCUGCAUUGAACAUAGACUUGUCAGAAAUCUUUCUAUUAUGUACAAACAUUCUAAAAAUUUAUUUUUCUUUUCUCCUAAUCCCAGCAGAAUUUGAAUAUGAAAUUCAUGUGCUUGGAAAAUAAACCCCUUGCAGAGUCUCCUUUGUGACUUCUUGUUUUUUUUUUUUUGGGAAAUUGUAUUUUCUUUGAAUCCAUUCAUUUUGAAAGAAAAAAUCUGAGAAAUUGUAUUUCUUUUAAAAUGAUUUUUUUUUUUAAGUUAAAAGUAUUUCAAGCAAAAGAAUUAAUAAAAAAAAUCAAUCAGAGUUAAAUUUUUGCAAAAUUUUUAAUUCUAAACAAGAAAGUUAAAAGUAUUAAGCAAAUCCUGUACGGCUCUUGAAUAAUUAUUUGCAGUCUUGGGAUAAUAACUAACAAAAUCACUUAUCCACAGAUAAAAAAAAUGAAUGAUUUAACUUGUGGAAAGCAAUUUGGGUGGUGCAACUAUGAAGUUGGUGCAUGCAUGGACUAAUUUGUAAUUGGCUUUGAAAGCGAACCACUCAAAACGACAAAUCCUAAUGGCUUAUCAGAUAGAUGCAAGACCAUCAAGAUUCCAAUUCCAAAUUUGCAUCAGGAAAAUAGAAUUUCAUUUGAAUAAGUCUUAAACUGUUAGUUGCUUCUUUGAAUGAAUGAACAGUGGAAGACUUUUCAACUCUGCUCCUGCAAUUUUAGCAAUUUUUUCUACUAUAUUUUUUCAUCAGAAAUAAAUUAAGUAAAGGGUAAGAAAGAGAUGAAGCAAGUUUAUCUCUAGUAACCUAAAGCAUACAAAGAUUGUGACAGGAAAUAUCUGAUUCUAAACUUGAUAAAAUUCACCACCAACCUGUUUCUCAACCAACUUCCUCUUCACCAUUGCCAUGCUUAUUAUAAGAAACUAUUUCAUUUAGGCCACUGUGCUUUACAAUUUACAAUGAAAGAAGAAAUGGGAGUUUCAUUGCUUUCUUCUUCCUCAGAGGGAUCAUACAACAUGGGAAUUCUGAUGAUAGCUUGCUUGGCAUUGUCAUGGAUUUUUAUCCAUAGAUGUAACCAGAGGAACAAGAAAGGACCAAAAACAUGGCCAAUUGUUGGUGCAGCAAUUGAGCAGCUUGUGAACUAUGAUCGUAUGCAUGAUUGGCUUGUUGAGUAUCUGUCUGAGUUGAAAACUGUAGUAGUUCCAAUGCCGUUUACGACAUAUACUUACAUUUCUGAUCCUGCUAACGUUGAACAUGUCCUUAAGACCAAUUUUGCCAAUUAUCCAAAGGGUGAGACAUAUCAUUCAUAUAUGGAAGUGCUGCUCGGAGAAGGGAUAUUUAAUGUAGAUGGUGAGUUAUGGAGGAAACAGAGGAAGACUGCUAGUUUUGAGUUUGCAUCCAAGAAUUUGAGGGACUUCAGCACCAGAGUCUUUAGAGAAUAUAGCUUGAAGCUCUCAUCUAUUCUCACUCAUGCAUCUUCUAACAACAAAGAAAUAGACAUGCAGGAGUUGUUUAUGAGGAUGACAUUGGACUCCAUAUGCAAAGUUGGGUUUGGUGUAGAAAUAGGAACACUGGCUCCCAAUCUACCAGACAACUGCUUUGCUCAGGCAUUUGAUACUGCCAACAUCAUUGUUACACUUCGUUUCAUUGAUCCAUUAUGGAAAAUAAAGAGAAUCCUUAAUGUGGGAUCAGAAGCUCUACUUGAUAAGAGCAUUAAAAUCAUAGAUGAUUUCACUUACUCUGUCAUUUACAGAAGGAAAGCCGAAAUGGAAGAAGCUCGAAAAACCAAUAACAAUAACAAGGUGAAACAUGAUAUAUUGUCAAGGUUCAUUGAGUUAGGCGAAGACCCAGAAAGCCAUUUGACAGAUAAAAGUCUAAGAGAUGUAGUUCUCAACUUUGUGAUAGCUGGGCGAGACACAACUGCAACAACUCUCUCAUGGGCUAUAUACAUGAUUAUGACACAUAACCAUGUAGCCGAGAAGCUCUACGACGAGCUCAAAGCUUUCGAGGAAGAAAGGGCAAAGGAAGAGAAUGUUACAUUGCAUCAGUUUGACUUGAAUGAUCUUGAAUCCUUCACUGAAAGAGCAGUGCAAUAUGCGGGACUCUUGACUUAUGAUUCAUUAGGCAAAUUAUAUUAUCUGCAUGCGGUGAUCACAGAGACACUUCGUCUGUACCCGGCAGUCCCUCAGGACCCCAAAGGGAUUCUAGACGAUGAUACCUUGCCUGAUGGAACUAAAGUUAAGGCAGGAGGGAUGGUGACUUAUGUUCCCUAUUCAAUGGGGAGGAUGGAGUACAACUGGGGAUCUGAUGCAGCUUCAUUCAAGCCUGAACGAUGGCUGAAAGAUGGCUUCUUCCAGAACGCGUCUCCGUUCAAGUUCACAGCUUUUCAGGCUGGACCAAGAAUAUGCCUUGGCAAGGACUCUGCAUAUCUCCAGAUGAAGAUGACACUGGCUAUACUCUGCAGAUUCUUCAAAUUUGAAUUGGUUCCAAACCAUCCAGUGAAAUACAGGAUGAUGACGAUUCUAUCAAUGGCACAUGGCUUGAAGCUUAGAGUGUCCAGGCGUUCAUAAGGAUAAGAGACAACAACUAGAGGCUAUGAUCUUCUUGACAAUCCAUGUUCAUAUCAGAGCAUGUUGUUUCAAUCCAUUUUGAAAAUGACUAGCUCAAAUAUUAAGUAAUA